CGAGAUAGCACCUCUUUUUUAUUUUCUAGCCUAUUUUUUAUGUGCCUCUCUUGUUCUUUCUCUUCCACCUCACUGGUAGUAGAGCAGCAAUAAGCUAGGAGAAAGCUAGAAAGGCUGAAGCUUCACUCUUAUUGCGGAAUGUCUGCUUAUAGUUCAUGGCUUGUUUAGUGGGGGCGAAGAUGCUGAGUUCUGGUUUUUUAUUGAUGGAGAGUGAAGUCUCUGAAAGAUCAUGUAUAACUCUCACAUCGUAUGCAGAGCAGAAAUGGUGCAUUGAGCCUAAUUUUAGUGGACGUACAACAAAGGUUGGCAUAAAGUCUUCCCCUUUUCUCAUUAAGAGGUUUCAAUUGAGAAAGCAUGAUUGGAGAAUAUUAUUUGCUUUGGACACAGGAGGAUUAUCUGGAAAUGGUGGACAAGAUAAUCUUGAUGGUGAAAGUGGUCUUGGUGGUACUCGAUUGGGAAGGAUAGUAAGUGCAGGUGGCCAACGACUACUUCAGAAGCUGAAUUCAGCAAGAAAAAACUUCCCCAUGAAGAUUUUUCUCCUCCUAUUGGGUUUCUACACUGCAAAUGCGCUUUCUACAAUUCUUGGACAGACAGGUGACUGGGAUGUAUUGGUAGCAGGUGUUGUGGUUGCUGCCAUUGAAGGGAUUGGUAUGCUAAUGUACAGAAAGCCCUCUUCUCUAUCAACUGGGCGGUUGCAGUCUUUUGUGGUGAUGAUGAACUAUUGGAAAGCAGGAGUGUGCUUAGGACUUUUUGUAGAUGCAUUUAAAUUGGGUAGUUGAACUCCUCAUCCUCUUUGACUCAUCCUUCCCCCUGAGGUUCUUUUUCAGAGAAUUUGACUGUUGUAUCCCUAGUUCAAUUGAUCAAUUAUCAAUAUCCAUGCUUCAAGUGUAA